AUGGAACCUAUCGCAGUGAUCGGCGUCGGUCUGCGGUUUCCCCAAGAUGCGGUCGACUCAGAGGCCUUCUGGGAGAUGCUGAUGAAGAAACAAUGCUCUACUUCCGAAUGGCCCAGCGACAGACUCAAUGUGGAUGCGUUCCACAAUCCCGCACGAAGGGAGACCAGUUCGAUUGCCGCCCGCGGGGCGCAUUUCCUCAGAGACGAUCCUGCUCUUUUCGAUGCGUCGUUCUUCUCCAUAACGAGCGCUGAAGCAGCCGCACUAGAUCCUCAGCAGUGCCUAUUAUUAGAAACCACUUACCAGGCCUUUGAAAAUGCUGGAAUUACUCUCGAAGCGCUGCGAGGGUCCAAGACAGGGGUCUACGCUGGUACUAUGUGCAAUGACCAUAAGCACGAGAGUCUCAAAGACGUCGAUAAUAUACCCAAGUAUGCUGCGACAGGGUCAUCUGCGGCCGUCCUAGCGAAUCGCGUAAGUUGGUUCUUCGAUCUCGCAGGGCCCAGCUUGACCCUGGACACUGCUUGUUCCAGCAGUAUGAUCGCACUACAUAUUGCAUGCCAAGGAUUAAUGCUCAAUGAGACUUCAAUGGCUGUCGUUGGGGGCACAAAUGUACUGCUGGCGGUAGAGGCCCCCAUAUCGAUGACGCGAAUGGGUUUCUUGUCGCCAGAGGCUCGUUCCUACAGCUUCGACAACCGAGCCAAUGGCUACACGAGAGGUGAAGGUGUCGGCGUCGUGGUCUUGAAAAGAUUAUCGGAUGCCAUAGCAAAUAAUGAUACCAUUCGUGCCGUCAUUAGAGCGACUGGGACUAAUCAGGACGGCUAUACGCCGGGCAUCACUGUCCCUAGCCCAAUCAGUCAGUCCAGACUAAUUAGGGAAACCUACGAGAAGGCCAAAUUGUCGCCAGGCUCGACAAAAUAUUUCGAGGCUCAUGGUACUGGUACCUUCGUCGGCGAUCCAUUAGAGGCUGCAUCCAUCGGUAGUGUAUUCCGAACUCAUCGUUCUGAGAGUGAUCCUAUAUAUGUUGGCACCCUGAAGCCAAACAUUGGUCACUUAGAGGGCGCCAGUGGUGUCGCGGGAUUGAUCAAAGCAAUCCUCGUCACAGAGAAAGGCAUCCUCCCACCCAAUGCGAAUUUCGAACGUCUGAACAGCUCGAUAGCUGCAGACAACUUGAACUUCCUUAAGUUCCCUACAAGCCCGGUCUCAUUCCCAGAGGAAGGAAUCUUCCGGGCAUCUGUCAGUUCAUUCGGAUUCGGUGGGUCCAAUGCUCAUGCCAUUGUGGACGACGCCUUUGGAUACUUCCGUGAACAUGGAAUCGUAGCGCACCAUUCCAGCUCUCGCCAAAGUGGGGGCAUCUUCACCAACGGCAUCCAUGUUCCCGUUAUUCAAGAGAAGAUCCUUGUCUGGAGCGCGAACAAUGAGAAAGCACUCACCAAAAUGAAUGCAUCAUUCGCAAAAUACUUCCAGAGCCAGGACAAAGCAAGACUUUCCGAACAUCCUGAAGAGGACUUGGCCUACACUUUGGCAAGCCGACGCACACAUCAUGAUUGGAGAUCAUACGCUAUCAUUGAAUCAUACGACGACUUAAAAGACCUUACUCGAAUCGUAUCUAAACCAGUCAAGUCAAAGAGAGGCUCGGGAAUUGCGUUUGUGUUCACCGGUCAAGGAGCGCAAUAUAAAGGCAUGGGCUUGCAUCUCUUGAAAUAUACGGUCUUCCAUGCAACAUUGGUUCGAUGCAAUGCAGCUUUCGCCAGCCUGGGAUGCAAAUGGUCUUUAUUUGAUGUUUUACAGGGCGACGAAACAAUGGAUAUCGACCAUCCGUCCUACAGUCAGCCUCUGUGCACAGCUCUCCAGAUCGCUCUUGUUGAACUGCUAGAAAGCUUCAACAUCCAGCCGACACAUGUCACAGGACACUCGUCUGGCGAGAUAGCUGCAGCCUAUACUUGCGGUGCGAUAUCGUUGGAGUCAGCUUGUAGACUGGCUUAUUUCCGAGGACAGUACGCUGGAUCACUUGUAGAUUCCACGUCCAAUGGAUCGAUGCUUGCAGUUGCUCUUUCUCCAUCAGCGGUACGCCCCUAUCUGGACCAAGUCAACGAUCAGACUCAAAGUUUGGCGAUCGCCUGCAUCAACAGCCCUCAAAACGUCACAAUUGGCGGUCCUCGAUCGCAAAUUCUCCUACUGCAGACUGCGCUAGAUGCCAAGCGGAUAUUCUGCAGGGAACUGAAGACUGGUGUGGCGUAUCACACUUCCCAGAUGGAACAAAUUGCUGGCAUGUAUCAGGAAAAGAUUGCCGACCUCAAACCCGGUACAAAGGAUAGUCAACCUACAUUGAUGUCAUCCUCGGUCACAGGAGAUUGGGUCUCCGAUCGUGAAGUGCUUCGGGAGUCUACCUAUUGGGUCCAGAAUAUGGUACAAUCGGUACGCUUCGCAGAUGCCAUGAGUACCAUCUUUCAAGAGCCAUCGGCAAGCGGUGGCAAGAUAGAGAUCGCAGAAGUGAUCGAAGUCGGGCCACAUGCCGCUUUGCAGCGACCGAUAACCGAGAACCUAUCGUCUACGCAUCAUGUUACUCGGUAUACUCCGGUGAUAUCCCGAUUCGAUCCUACCCUGCGAUCGGUAUUCGAGCUCUCUGGUCGUCUGUUCAGCGCAGGAUUUCCGGUUCGACUUGAUCAGGUCAACAGCCUCGAUCUAAGUCAAGAACACAAGUACAAGUGCCUUACCAAUUUACCUGAGUACGUGUUUCAUCAUAAAGAGUACGCUCCAAGGCACACCCCCCCGAGAAUAGCGAAACUUCGGCCGCACUUUCCUUCUCCACUUUUGGGAGCCCCUACCGACUGGUCCGCUAUCGAGCGGAAGUGGAAGCGGCAUCUUGACAUCCAACAGUUUCCAUGGCUUCCAGAUCACAAGAUGAAUGAUGUUGCGCUCUUCCCCGCAUCCGGCAUGCUUGCAGUGGCCGUCGAAGCGGUGUACCAUACUGCGCCACAGAAUAGCGAGAUAGCUGGAGUUCGCAUUUCAAACGCUACAUUCUCCAAUCCCAUCAUCAUCGAUACGACGCCCGACAUUGGAGGAACACAAAUCGAGACUACUUUGCGAUCUUGGUCAGGGGUAAUCGGAAAGGAGUCUACCUACAACGAGGUCUCGAUCUGUGUGCAGCAAGGUCAAGACUGGAUACAGGCGUUCCGAUGCACAAUUCGAGCUGAGUAUGAAGAGUCUAAACUAGGCCUUGAACUCAACUCCAAUGGUCAUCGCAGGCGAGAGAAAUGGCAAGAAACAUAUAACAGCACGGCCGAGGCAUGCAAGCAUCAUGUCAAAACGUCACAAAUCUAUUCACAUCUCUCAAAGAUGGGGAUGCAUUACAGUUCGGCUUUCCAGGGCUUGGACGAGGUGUACUGGGAUCGCAAACAAUCGGCCAUUGGUAGAAUCAGUGCGGACAAGAUGAAAGCCCUGUCGACCGACGGCGCCGAACACUAUUUCAUACAUCCCGCCGUUCUAGAUUCGCUUUUCCAGUUGGGGUGGAUAAUUCGAUCUGACGGAGCGACCAAUCCUAUUGCUACCAGUGUUCCUGCCCGUAUUAAAAGCAUCUGGUUCUCUAAGGAGUGGCUGCAGGGAAAUAAUAUGAAGGGACAGGAGCUACGCACUUGCAACAAGGCAGUGCCUCAUGGUUUCGAUGGUAUUGAUACUUCGGCCAUCAUCUUGGAUGAGUCAGGAACUGUUGUAGCGGCCCUGGAUCAUUUGCAGACGACUAUGAGUGCCCGCGAUCACUUGGAGCAAGACUCUUCUACCUCGAAGCGUCUGUGCUUUGGAGUCGAAACGAGGCCGGAUAGCAGCUUGUUAGAGUCAAAUCAACUACUCUCUGUGUUGCAGGGCAGCAAAACGCCGCGUCUUGACUACAUGGCACUCCUCGGGCACAAGAACCCGGAAAUGAAGAUAUUCGAUAUAACUUCAGAUCAUACGCUCUUGAGCAAUCUGCUCCAACAUCAGGAGACAAAGUCAUUCGAAUAUGGAGAGUAUAGCUGUGUGAAUUGGACCCAAAGUGCACGAGAGGCUGUCCAAAAAGCAUUCCCUGAUGAAUGCGCUUCUGGGCGUAUCGGCUUCGUAGAAUUGGAACUCAGUUCCUCAGCCAAGACACAGGGGAUUGCCUCGAACAGCUAUGACAUUGCGCUGUUGUCAGCGAGAAGUAUCAAGGGUUCGCAUACUGAUCAGCAGUUGAGCUUCAUCAGAGACAUGAUGAAGAGUGGGGGAAAGUUGCUCCAUACUGGCCUUCGCCCCUCCUGGUUACUUGAGGCUUCCAAGGAUUCCUGGUUCGGACUCUACUCCAAGUGCAAAUUUUCGGACGAGUGUCUCCUCAAUGACCAUGAGUUAGAUGACUCCGAUCAAGCAAGCCUCCUUAUAACAACAGCAACCGCUGAUCACGAGGAUGCCAAAGGAAGUGCUCCAUUUAUCAUCGUUAUCGAAGAUACCGAGUUCCAGAAACUGCUUGCUCGCCGUUUGCAAACGAACAUGUCCUCAAAGUGGAACAUAAAGGCAACUGUCACGCUGCUCUCUCAAUUGCCGACAACUAACGUUCAAGCUAACGGCCGAGUUAUAUUCCUUCCAGAGACGGAGCGUGCAUUCCUUCAUGGCAUGAAAGAGGCCGAUUUUGCUUCUCUUAAGCAUCUCAUGAAUGUAGGCCAAGAGCUGGUCUGGAUUUCCAAAUCAAACGCUAGUCAAGAUGCACAACCAUACCAAAGCAUGAUCAAUGGCUUAGCAAGAGUGCUACGAUCAGAGUAUACGAGCAGGGAUUUCACAACUAUUUCCUUUGACUCGUCGAGCACUUCCAACUCGAUUGCCGAAAUCACACUGAAGAUUCUUGGGGCAUCGUUUGCAUCGGGGCAGUCAAUGGAAACAGAGUAUUUCAUUACGGAUGGAAUUGUCCGCAUUCCACGAGUAGUUCACAGUGAGACUCUUGAUCAGACAGUCUUUUCGAAGACUACUCCACACCUUACUCAACAACGAAUUGAGGAUGCCGGACCGCUAAAGCUCGAGAUCAAGAACCCUGGACUCUUCGACACUCUGCGUUUCGUGCCUUUGCCCGAGAUCCCCGAACCACUUCUAGACGAUGAGGUCGAGGUCCAAGCUCUCGCUUUCGGGCUCAACUUCAAGGAUGUAGUCAUCGCAUUAGGAAGAUUGCCCGCAAGUGCCCUGGGAUGUGAAUGCUCCGGUGUAGUCACCAAGGUUGGCCGUAAUUCGCGAUUCGUGCCUGGAGAUAGAGUGAUGAUGGCACAAAACGGCUGCUUCAAGACGAUCAACAGAAUUCACCAGGAUCUGGCUGUUAAAAUCCCGGAUAUCCUCAGUUUCGAAGAAGCUGCAGCGAUACCAAUUGCAGGAACGACUGCUUACUAUUCACUUGUCGAUCGAGCUCGACUGGAGAAAGACGAAACAGUUCUCAUUCAUUCCGGAGCAGGAGCAACUGGACAAAUGUGCAUCCAGGUCGCUCUCUCGAUCGGUGCAAAGAUAUACACGACAGUCGGAUCUCUCGAGAAAAGGGACUUCCUCAUGGAGCAUUACUGUAUUCCCAAAGAGCAAAUUCUGUACAGCCGAGAUACAUCUUUCGCUCAUAGUAUCAUGGUAGCUACAGAGGACAAAGGCGUUGAUGUCGUCGUAAACUCGCUCUCGGGUGACAGGCUGCGAGCGUCUUGGGAAGUGAUCGCACCUUUUGGACGCUUCGUAGAGCUAGGAAGGACUGAGAUGAUCGGAAACGCCAAACUAGCCAUGGCUCACUUUGACAAGAAUGUGUCAUUCCAUGCGGUCGCCACAGAUGACAUGGGCACGCUCCGUCCGACUAUGUUUAACAAAUUCCUGUCCGGUAUUGUCAACAUGAUAGCUGAACGCAAGGCUAACCUACCAUAUCCGCUCGAAGUUAUGAAGUUGUCAGAGGUUGAGAAAGGCUUCAGAUCCUUGAUGAGCGGAAAGUCAACCGGGAAAUUUGUUCUAAAAGUCGAACAGGGCGACAUCGUGAAAACUUGGGGCGUUGAAAACAACGGCAAACGACUGGAUGCAAACUCAACGUACGUCAUCGCUGGUGGAUUGGGCGGCCUGGGCCGAAGCGCAGCUCGAUGGAUGGUAUCCAAGGGUGCAAGAAACUUGCUACUGCUUUCUCGUUCAGGACACGCAUUGCCGGCGGCCACAUCUCUGUUGCAAGAGCUUCGAGACAAGGGUGCUCACAUUGAAGCGCCGCCUUGCGAUGUUACAUCGGAAGAGCAGUUGGCAGCUGUCCUUGCUGAAUGUGCUCAGACAAUGCCGCCGAUUCGAGGUUGUCUACAAGGCACCAUGGUCCUACGGGACGCUCUUUUCGAAACCAUGACGUACGAUGAUUGGAACGUCUCUACCCAGGCAAAGAUUGCCACAUCUAUCAACCUGGAUAAGCUAUUGCCUGCUGGAAUGGAUUUCUUCAUCUUCCUAUCAUCUCUUUCAGGCAUUGUAGGUACUACAGGCCAGGCAAAUUACGCAGCAGGAAACACAUUUCAAGAUGCACUCGCUCAGAGCCGCAUUGACAAAGGAGAACGCGCAAUUGCCAUCGAUUUGGGCGCAAUGAACAAGGUUGGGGUCAUUGCAGAGAAUGAGCAUCUGGGAAAGGUCGCUAGGAACACUAUGCUUCCUGUAGAGGAAGAAGAGCUGUUGGCACUGUUGGAUCAUUACUGCUUACUCGAGGACAGAGUAUCAGGGAGUCCACAGACUUUAGUAGGCCUUCCUACUGGUAGUGCAGAACAGAGCGCGGAAGCGCAAUUGCCGGCAGCUUAUGCACAUUCAUUGUUCUCCCACAUAAGGAAACUGGGAAGAGACGAAUCGGGGAAUUCCUCGACUGCUGGCACGGGUAAUGAAAACGAAGAUUACGGAAGACAAUUCAAAGCCGCAGGGUCCUUAGCUGAAGCAGCAGCUAUAGUCAUGAAGGGUUUUGUCAAGAAACUAUCACGGACCCUGUCGCUAACGGCCGAAGACAUCGACACGACAAAAGCAUUGCAUCAAUACGGAGUGGAUUCUCUGGUGGCGGUCGAACUGCGAAAUUGGUUCGGCAAGGAGUUUGCCUCCAAUGUUGCUGUGUUCAACAUCGUUGGGGCGGCGUCAAUCCUUGCAGUGGGCGACCUCGUGGCCAAGGCCAGCACCUUGAGGAGUAAAGAUGACGAUUAA